AUGCCUCCCUCGCCGCCCCUCAUCCAGGUCGACCCCGACUCGACCUCGCUCGACCACCUCCUGCACGUCCUCGACGCAGCCACGACAGCCGCCGCCCCCCUCACCGGCCAGCCCGCGCCCUCGUCGGCUGCCCCUCCCACCCGCCGCCGCCGCCGACUCGACGACAGCCUGCCGCUCGCGACCCACCUCGACGACCUCGCAGCCAACACGCUCGCCAUGCGCCACGCAGCACGCAGGCAGCGCGAGCUCGAGUGGGACGAGCGCGACAACCUCGACCGCGCGAGGAGGGCCCUCCUCAGCUCGCUCGCGGCCGCCGACCACCCAGUCCGCCUGUCGACUAGCGACGACGGCGAGGACGAGGGCGACCGCGACCUCGACCACCUGACCGCUGCCGAGCGCUUCUUCCACAUGGCGACCGACCUCGUCGGCGCAGGCGCAGGCGACGACGACGACAACAUGGUCGGUGACAGCGACGACGACGACAUGAUGGACGACGACGGCUGGGCCGACGCCGGUCACGUCGACGACUUCCACCUCGUCGGCUUCGACGGCGACAUGUUUGACGCGCCGGACGACGCCGACUCGGGCGACGACGACGCGCUCCUCGGCGAGGUGUGGGCCCAGCCUCGCCCCGCCGGCGCCGCCGCGCAUUCCUCCUCGACCGACUUCCGCGCCAUGCUCCCCGGCUUCGCGGGCGAGCGGUUCCUCAACCCGGUACACGUUGCCCCGAGCGACACGUACUCGGCCCCUGUCCCCUCGCCCGACCCCGUCGUCCCAUACCUCUCGCGCGACCCGUCAUCGGCCCUCUCGUUCACCUCGUUCCUCCAGCCGGGCGCCACCUUUGUCGGCGAGCAGACGUUCGGCACGCGCAGCCGCACUCGCGUGCAGCACGGGCCGCACGCGUCGCUCGACGGCGCCGCUCCCGAGCUCGCCUGGGCCGACCCGGCCGACAUCGCGCUCGCCGUGCGCAGUGCGGCCGCAGCUCGCGCAGGCGCCGCGUCGCGCCUCGUCUCGACCGCGCACCCCGAGUUCGCGCCGCAGCCGUCGGGCGCAGGCGCCGAGGCGGCGAGCGGUGCGGCGCAGUCGACGGGGCCAGGUGCGCUGCGCAACGCGCCGCCGCCGUGGCGCGCAGCCGCGAGUGCAUGGGAGGACGGCUCUGCGCUCGCGGUUCCGCGUGCGACAGCCUCGGGCGGCGCAGGUGCGCGUGCCGGCGCGGCCGCAGAGUCGAGGGCGAGGGCGAGCGGGAGCAGCAGUACUCGCGCCGAGACGGACCCGCUCCUCGCCAUCCUUCGCGGGCACACGUCGCCCUCGUCGCGCUACGCGCCCUACUCGUCAUCGUCGUCGACGUCGACGCAUGCCCCUGUCGCGACGCACCCCGCCGGCGCCGGGUCCCCCUCCUCGACCUCGCCUUCCGCCGCUUCCGCUCCCGCCGCGUCUCUCUCGCCCAACGCCGCUGCCGCUCGCGCUCGCGCCCGUGUCGCGCAGAGCGUCAACCCGGCGGCGCGCGCGAGCCGCAGCAGCUGGGGCGAGGUCGGCGAGGAGCUCCUCCUGCGGGCGGUUGCGCGCGAGCGCGAGAGGGAGGCCGAGAGGGAGAGAGGGGCGGCCAAGGGGCGUGGAGGACCUGAGCCCGAGAGCUGGAGCGUCAAGGUCACGGUCCUGUCGUACGAGCCCGAGCUCAAGUCGCUCACGGGCGUCAUGCGCGCACACGGCGUCGCCAUCCCGCCCGUGACCGUCGCGACGUCGUCCACCUCGAGCGACGCCUCUCCCCCUCCUCCGCCGGUCGGCGACGUGACGACCUUCUUCUCGGGCUCGAUCCUGCACCCGAUCGUCGACGGCCUGUUCUGCUCGCCGUCGCCGACUGGGUCCGGCGGCGAGUUCUGCGUCACGCGCUCGAGCGAGGCCGAGAGCUGGGUCCAGCUCGGCCCGUUCAAGGGCCUGACCAAGCGCGAGCUGCUCGAGGGCGCAAAGAGCCGCGUGUGGGUCGAGGAGAAGACGAGGGGGUGGGUCCUGUGCCGGUGGAAGGAGCGCGACUUUGUCAACGUUACCGCCAACGAGUCGUCACUCUCGAUCUCGGGCUUCUACCACGUCGUCCUCGACCGCCAGACGGGCGCGAUCGAGGGCCUGUACCACGACCCGGCGGCGACACCUCAUCAGCGCCUCGUCCUGUCGCCGGCCGACAACGAGCGCGGCGCGUUCGGCCUCGGCUCGUUCGCCUAUCGCUGAGCGUGAGAUGACUGCCCCUCAUCUUCUUGCACC